AUGGACGACAAACGAAAUAGUCGCGAAGUGAUAACUAUUCUUUUCUUGUGUCUGCUAUGGUAUGCAGUAUCCAGCAGCAGCAAUGUCGUUGGCAAGAUGGUACUUUCAGAUUUUCCAUAUCCUCUUACGGUAACAAUGGUACAGUUAACCUCAAUCACAGUAUACUCCGGCCCAUUUUUCAAUUUAUGGGGUGUACGCAAGUCUCCUUCCAAUAUUUCUUGGGGUUAUUACUUGCGUCUUAUCGUGCCCUUAGCACUUGGCAAAUUUCUUGCUAACGUGUUUAGCCACGUCAGCAUUUGGAAAGUUCCCGUGUCGUAUGCUCACACUGUGAAGGCUACAAUGCCACUCUUCACAGUGAUUUUGUCAAGAAUAAUUUUACGAGAAAAGCAAACCUGGAGAGUUUAUCUUAGUCUCGUACCUAUUGUGGGAGGUGUAGCCAUUGCAACUUUAACAGAACUUAGUUUCAACAUGAUUGGUCUAAUAAGUGCUUUAGCAUCUACUAUGGCAUUUUCCUUACAGAAUAUAUAUUCAAAAAAGGUGCUGCAUGACACAGGAGUUCAUCAUUUAAGACUUCUACUUAUAUUAGGACGUUUAGCUUUGUUUAUGUUCCUACCAAUUUGGAUAUUCUAUGACUUGAGAAAUUUAGUACAUGAUCCUACUACAAAAACAUCAGUAAAUAUCUCGUAUAACAUAUUAGGAUUAUUAUUUUUGGAUGGUAUACUAAAUUGGUUGCAAAAUAUUAUAGCUUUUUCUGUGCUUUCAAUAGUAACACCAUUGACGUACGCAGUAGCAAGUGCUAGUAAACGUAUAUUUGUAAUUGGGGUAACUUUAUUUGUAUUAGGUAAUCCUGUAACAUGGGUAAAUGUAUUUGGUAUGGCUAUGGCCAUUUUAGGAGUGUUGUAUUAUAAUAAAGCCAAAUAUGAUCAGCGUCAAGAAAAGCAAAGAGAUAAUAGUAUACUUCCAAAAUAUUAUAAUAUGAAUCGCAAUGGUAAUAGCAAUUCUUUUGUAGCUAAUGGAUGGGCCAAUAAGAGAAAUCAACUAUUUGCAGUCUAGUCUGUGUUCGAAAAUAUGAAUUAUAUAUCUUUUAGAGAAUAUUGAUUUACUUAUGACAAUGUAAGUAGAUUGGAUAUGUUUAAAAACUUUCAAAUGAUUUUAUAAAAGAUUAUUCAAGAUAAUGUAUAAUCUCUGCAUUCAGUGAAAUGAUCCAAGUGAUUAACAUAUGAUGAUAAAGUAUGUUUACAUAUUUCAAUUAUUUGUCUUGCACAAAGAGAACUGUAAAGGCCUAAAGCAUCGCACAGCGAAAAGCAGAAGAGUUAAUUUUUCUUAGCUGUUUCAUACGUUCGUAUUGGAAAGAGCAGUAUUGUACCAUAAACAAUCUUCGAACCUAUGAUGUAUUGAUUAACUAUUACGAGUUGAAUAUAUUAACAUUUUUUUUUAUUACUCUUAAGUGGUCAUUUUUUAUAGUCACAGUAGCGGUCGCUGCUUUGCGUUUUCUGCUAGUGUAUUUAGACCUUCAUAUUUCUCCUUCAUUUCGAGCGAUACUCUGUAGAACUCGUAGAUAAUUUUGAUAUAAUCCAUUUCUUGAUUCCAUAAAUUUCUUUUAAAAUUAAACCUGCUGGUAAGGUAGGAUUAUAUAAUUUCAGAUGCACAUGGAUCUUUUUAAAAUAGCUGAUUGCUGGUACAAUUAGCAACGAUUAUUUAAAUAUUACAAGUUAAUUAUGCAACUAAUAAAUUCACGCUUGCGAUAAAAAUGAGUUACUGUAUCUAAUUUAAGGCUAAGAGUAUUGGCCAUUAACCAGUUUCCUAGCUUGUAAUGCAUUGAUUACGAGCGUGCUAUUUUUAAUAAGUAAUGCACGAUUUUGCAUUUCUUAAAAUAUUAUCCUGUUACAAUGUAACGUUGACUGUUUGUAGAUAUGCGUAAUGACUAUAAAUGUACAGGUACAUUGUUUUGAAUGUUAGAUUAAUUUAUAAUAAUGUAUCUCUUAAUUUUUGCACUUGUAUAAAGAUUUGUUCGUUUACAUACUUCCAGAAAAGAUAUUGUACAGUUGGUGUGUUAUGAAUCAGCGCGAAGUAUGUAUGUGUGAAAAAUUGUAUGCAGGAAAGGUUGUUCUAGCUAAAAGCAAUCUAUAGUACAUUUAUUUUUAUAAAUAAACACAUGCGUACAAAAAUAUACCAGAGGCAUUAGUAUCGCAGCAGCAUCAUUCAUAUAAAAUAUACUACAUUACGCCCUACAAAGUUUUUACGAUAUCCUGAGGUGAUAGUGGCCUAGCCACAGUCAAAUCUAAACGUGGACCAGCAGCGGCGAUUAGGGGUACGGCCAAACAACAGUCGCAGUCUUCUGUAUUUGCUUCGUUAACACGUAGAAUUCUGUCGUAAGGUCGCAAAACUCCAUCGCAAGGUCCACCAGGUCUCAAACGAUUUAUAUAUACGCCACGUUCGUAAAGUCCAUCGGAGACAGAAAAUCCGAAAUCUUCGUAAACUGGAUCCUUGUGCAGUGAUACGUGUAUUAUUUGUUGAGGUCUAUUGUCUGAUACACCGUGUUCUUGAGAGCUAAAAUUUGUUAAAUUGUUUUAUCUUAUUCAUAUUUAUGUUAAAUAUUUUAUAUAGGUAUUUAAAAAAUAUCUGUAUUUUUUUUUAUUAAUAAUAAUUCAGUAAUUCUUCGAUGCA